AUGUCAGAUGAAAUUGGUAUCAGGGCAGAUAACGCCACUGAUGGCGAUAAGAUAGCUAAAGACGAUACAAGAAACGAUAGCGAAGCCAAGGAACCCAAAGAGACUAAACAAAGAUCUGUCUCUUUUAACAGAGACGUACACGUGAAACGAUUCGGUAAACCCCGAGAGCGGGGUUCCUCAUCUGAACAUCAGUCACCAUCUAUACGAAAGGAACCUUUCACUCAUCUCUCUGAACAAGAAUUAAUUGAAGAAGCUAAUAAAGUACUUGCACAGGCAAAAAGUGUCACUUGUACUGCUGAUCACCCCCCAGAAAAAUUCUUCUCUUUACCUAAUAGAAGAAAAUUUAAGGAAGAUAGGCUUGGCAGAAGGAAUAGUGACGACGCUGGAUCACCAGAAGGGUUUCUCAAGACACCUCUUGGAAGGUCUACUAGUGAUGUAACGGCUAGGAAAAGAAAGGAACGUACGUCUCUUUCAACUCUCUUUAGAAGAGCACAGAGAAACAAAAGCCCGGAUGUACCAGUAGUUGUCACCACUAAACCCAUCGUUAUAAUUAAAAGAAGUAAAAGUGACGUUUCAGAUUUAAAGUCAAACACAACUUUGAACCCACAAAACAAACCUAUACGCAAAAGAUCUGGCAGUGAAACUGAGGAAUUUCUUAAAUCUUUGAGAAAUAAAAAGUCACAAUUGUCACCCAUUAUCGAAAGCUCUCCAAGGGAAGAUUAUUUCAAAAAGACACCACCGUUAGACGUAUUCCAAAGGGAGAGAUUAAAACAAAAUAAGAACAACCAAAACGAAGAUCCAAAACCAAUUCUUACAGAUAGUAAAAAGGUCAACCCAGUAGAAAAACCUCCGAGAUAUAAAACGCCCGAUAAACAAGACCCUAAGCCACCAUCAAGGAGUAAGAGAGGAAAAUCUAGUGAGGGGGGAAAAGAACCUUCACCAUCAAUAGCAGAUACUCCUAAACGCAAAACAGAUAUUAAAAAAACUGUUUUAGUUGAUGAAAUCGAUUCAACAAAAGUUAAAGAAACAAAUCAGCAGGAAGCAAAGGAGAAAAUUAUAAAUAGCAUUAGGGAUAUCGAAUUAAACAUAUGUAGUGAUAAGGAAAUGAAACAUAGUAGUCAGCAACCACCAGAAAAACCACCAUUAACACGUGGACAAACAGUUGAUCAACUUGUUAAAAUAUUAAAAGAAGAUCAAGAAUCUCUGUCACCUAAAACACAUUUGAUAAUUUCACCUAACGGAAGUAAUAUUAAUCAACCUUUCUCAUACACUAAGCCAAGUGCAAGUCCUGACCCCAACCUAUUUAUUAAAAACACAAGUCCCGAUAGAGCACCAACUCCUGUUAACAAAAUGGAGGAAGGCAUCGUAUAUGCCCAAGUUAGAAGAGAUUCUAGAGAUAAACUUGGUCAUAUAAAAACUUAUUCCCAAUUAAGAGAAAAACAUGGACAUUAUUCCGACGAAGACGAAGGUCUGGGAUACGAAGAAAGAUACAAGUAUUCUACUGAUCGUAGUUAUGAUUAUAAAUAUAAAAACAAGGAAAUUGAGAAUUUUGAUAGUUUUGAAGAACACAACAAUAUAAAAGAAUCGCCUAUAAAACCUAGGUUUAGAGAAUAUAAAUUGAUGAACUUUGAUUAUUUUGAACCUACAUAUUCUAACGAAUAUCCUACGAAUGAAGAUACGCAGAACAAUGUCGACAGUUUUAGAGGCAGAGGUGACGGUAUGGAUACUAAAAAGAAACAAUCAGAACCUGAACUUACGAAAAUCGACUUGGAUUUUAAUGAAUUAAGUCAUCGACGUCAGCUUUUAGAAUCACGUUUAAACGCUCGUCGAUUAGAUCGUGGAAAAAUAAACAUUGAACAACCUAUUACAAAAUAUAUCGUCGAAAAUGACCCCAUAUAUGAAGCAGAAAAACGUAUGAAAGCAACGGAAAAAUACGUAAAUGAGACCGCUCGUUAUUACCGCCAUACUUUAGAAAGAGAUGGUUAUGUCGAAAGCAAUGUUACUGAAGAUUUUAAUAAGUAUGAUUCGGAUAAUCAUAAUGUUAAAUACAACACAGAAAGUCGUAUUUUUAAAAAGAUUCACAAAGACGUUGGUAGACAUGCGUAUAAUUUAAGCCCAGAUCCAAGAUAUAAAGAAGAGAGGAAAGUAUUCCCCCCCGAGCCCGAAUACGAACCACCUAGUCUAGAAUCAGAUCCUCGAAAACCAAUCCUUUCCCCAGAUGAAUAUACAGAGAAGAAGUACAAAGUGAAAAAAAACUUCACUUCUAGUCAUGAUCUUCUACAUACUGGUCAAAAAUACAAAGGAAAAGAAGAUUGGUCCAACAAAAGAAAGGGACAUUAUUCUUCCAAUCCUGAAAUAGCACACGAACGUGAAGACGAUUAUGCAAAUCUCCGGUACAAUGCUAAGCAAAAUGAGUCCUACCAUAACUCUUUACGACGCGUGAAGAACAAAGACAAAUACUAUAAAAAAGAUUAUGGUAUACAAAGACAUGAUUCUGGUGAUAGCCGAGAUUAUUAUCGAGAAGAACGAUCACCACGAAGAUUCGAUUUUGACAACAGACUAGUUGAUUCUGGAAUCGAAAACGAUUUCAGAAAAGAUUCCAGCGGAGAAAUUCAUAAAACUAGACACAGGAGACAUGAAAGCGAUGACGACAUGCACAAUACGUCUCUAUUUUUAGCAAGUGAGAGGAGACACACAGAGGACAAUUAUCCAGCAGAGCAGAUUUACGCCAACGGAGAAUAUCUAGCCACAUUUAAAGACUUCAAGCAGGAUGAUAGAAAAGAAUACACGUCAAGGGAAAGGAGUGCUGAUGACGGUUCUCAUUUUGAGCCAAAACAUAACCGAUAUGAAAAAAGUCCAAGUAGACGCGAUGGUAAAGUCAGUGCGAAACCUCCAAAGGCUACAAAGAAGCUUUCUGGACUUGAAAAGAUGAAACAGCUAUUCUCUCGCGACUCUUCUAAGAAGAGCAAGAAAGAGAAAGAGGUAGUCCAGCCAAAGACUCGCACCCGGGUACUCAAGAGCCCUGAACAUCUUGCCAGAGAUGAUUCUGAGUACAGAAGGUACACUGAUCCUGAACCGAGUGAUAUAGAAGUCAAGAAGAGAGAUUACGAUCCCAAAGAUGGAGAAAGAAGAUAUAAUCUUUCAAGAGAAGAUUUGACUAAGUACAGAAGUUCCGAUUCCCGCGAAACCAGUGAGAAAAAGCAACAGAGUCCGGAGUAUGGCGGAAGAUACGAUAGGACGUUGAUAGGGGAGAGAAGAUAUAAGAAUCACGAAGAAGAAAAGAGACGUUACAACUCCUCGGAUCGGGAUAGUGAGCAUCAAUCAAGACCUUCUGAUAUCGAGAACGACAGAAGAAAAACAAGGUCAAGAACCGCUGGCCCUCUUGAUUCGCCUGCUUUGGCUGAGAGAUACCGCGAGAGACGUCGCCUGGCGACCCCCAGCCCCACGCCAUCCCCACCGCGUCGCCAGCCAGCGCCACAGCCCGCUAGUGGGAGCUGGUUCAAGUCCCUGGACAGACUUGGCAAGAAAAGGGAGAAAAGCAUCAGCAACAGAGUGGAGAAGGAUAGCAUCAUCACCACAGAGGACGAAUCCGCACGACGAGUCUGGUCGAAACCAACAAAGCCACUUAAUUCGCCUGCCAAGAACCUUCGCUUCUUCGGCGAUACCGAUCAAGAGUCAGAGGGUAACACUAAAACCACUGUCACUAAGACCAGGAGUCACCCGCAGCCCAAAAACCGAGGCACAUUAAGGAAAACAAUCUCAAACUCCAGCACAGGCUUAGACGAGGUCGACCAUAGUGAACUGUCGAAUAAGAGUUACUCUAUGUCAAAUCUGUACAAAGAUGAACUGAACGAAUCACCACGAACGAAACAAUAUUAUAAAAGGAACCUGCAGAAUAUAUCAGAGAUACAGAGCAACUCCGAGACAGAGAGUCAGUUUGAUAGGAAGAUCCACAAGAAACCGCCUUUAAAUCCUUACGAUAGGUCUAGAAGUCACAGCAGCUCAAAGACCUUGAAAGGGAGUAAAAGUGACAUAAAAAGGCAUGGUAAAGUAGAAGAUAGGGCCAAUUCUUCUGAAUUAAGAGGCAGUAAACACGAAUUGAGCAGGGAUGUAAAGACCCGACGUCGCACUCCUCUUACAAAUUCUGGGGAAAGUAGCACGGAAGGUGAUUCUAGUCAUCAAAGUCAACGCAGCGUUGUUUACUUGCAUGCGACAACUGUUGGCGACAUCCCGGAUCCGGGUCAUCUGACCCGCAACCGUUCAAGAGACGAUGUCUCAUCCGUAAUGUCAUCCAAUCUUCAAGUCAGAAGCACGACCAAAAGCUUCUCGCUAUUCGCUCCAUGGACGCCCCGCCACUACAGCGAGCAGCACGACGUACACUACGCACAAAAACCGAAAAAAACAAAACAAAAAGAGAAUGUAUUUAAAAAGACAAAUUCGACGAAGAAUUUGAACGAUGAGAGGCGGUCUACACUACAAAAAAAUAAAUCAUACAGCCAGACGACACUAAGCCGUCGACCACAGAGCCAGAAUCGAUUAACGAGUUCAAGCACAACGCUAUACCGUCGGGAUAAACGAGGCGGGAAAGAGAGCGCCAGUGAAAGUACAAUAUCUCGGAAAGGCCCAAUCGGCAAAAAAAGCCAAUCGAGUGAGAUACUAAAUCGAAACGAACGGGAGAGAGUAUCCCGAUCGAUUUCGAUGCCGAAGGACCAAAACAAAAAAGCCGGUUGGUUUAAACUGUCAAGUAAAAACAAAAAACCAGAAUUUAAUUCGCGUGUCCGUUGA